CAGAUGAUGUGAGGGGGGAGGAGGAGGAGGGAGGAGGAGCAGAGGGGAGGCAGGCAGUCAGUCUGUUCGGAGGAAUCAGCAGCAGGAGGACAAUGUACCCGCUCCAGCACGGAUCCUAACGGGCACCGGGCUGCUUCAACAAACUGGAAGAUCAGGAGGUGAAUGUCAAACAGCUCCAGGAUGCUGCCCCCCUCCUCCCUGCUGACCUACUCUUCACCAGGGGGCAUCUGACUUACCAAACAUGAUGAAGACUGAGCCCCCGUCAGCCACGGGGGGCAACGGGGCCUCCACUGAGGGCAGCGGGAGCUCCAAUCUGCGGAGCCCCUCGCCCCACCGCAACGCCUACGAGGCCGGGCUGGCGGCGCUGAAGAAAGCCACCGAUCAUCUCAACAAUGCUGCCAACGGAGGCGCCGAACCCGCCUCGAAACCAGCCCCCCUGCCCCGCCCGACGGGGAGGGGCAGGAAAUACGGAUCCAACGUCCACCGCAUCAAGAACAUGUUCAUGCAGAUGCAGUCGCCUGGUGAUGAAGAGGACGGAGCCAAAAUGAUUGGUAAGGACCAGGCAGUAAAACUGUCCCUGCCGAGAGCAUCGAGCCUCAAUGAGAACGUCGACCACAGCGCUCUGCUGAAAAUGGGCGCCACCGUGUCAGAGAGGGUGAACCGCUUUGACUCUAAAGCAGGCAGGGAGGGAGGCUUCUCCAAACUCCAGGAGACCAGGAGGAUCUUUGAGCAGCGGACUCUACAGCAGGAGAAACAAGCCGCCACUAACCGCAUCCUGCUGAAGAAGGAGCGGGCGUCGGGCUUUCAGGACAGCCGUCUAGACGUGGUGGCUCGCUUUAACGGAUCCACCGAAGCUCUGGACCGGCUGGAUGAUCCCCCCGCUCCCCAUCCCGCUGCUGUUCCCUCUGCUGCAGCUUCGGUCGGGCCCGGUGAGGCCGUCAGCCCCACUGUGAGCCAACUCAGUGCUGCGUUCGAGAAAGGCGAACUACAAAACAACCUCUACCUCCCCCAACGACGGUCAGCUCCUGCCUUGGCGCCAAAGCCCAAACCUCCAGCCAGAGCGGAGGCUGCUGAGAGGAAGACGAAGGUGUCCCCUCCAGGUAGGGAGGACCAUGAGGAGGUAGCAGCAGGAGAUGUGAGCUCUGAGACAGCAGAGCUAUCAGAGGGGGCGGGUUCUCUUCAGAGGGGCGUAGGUGGACUGGUGGCAGGUGAUGAGAAGGACAGGAAUGGACAGUCAGGAGACCAGCUCUCCAACUCCUCCUACUCCUCAUCAUCCUCAGUGACCGUCACCUCCACCUCUACCUCAUCAGAGGCCAAACCGGAGUCUGACGUUCAGCCGGCAGCGACCGAAGCGAGGGGCUCCAGUACAGCAGCUGCUCCUGAGCUGGAGGCUGGAGAGCAGGACGGCUCUACCGGGGGAUCUGAUCCUGGAGGAAGGUUAGUGCAGGCCGACGUUCAUGCCUCCCUGGAAAACGGCGAGAAAGAGCCACCAUCUUCCUCUCCAUCCUCCGAUGAGAAAGACGGAGACUCUGAAGGACGGGGCAAAGAGGAAGAGGAGGAGAACGACGAGGAUGGCUCGAGGAAGGAGGAUUACUCGGAGGGGGAUCUGGUAGAUAUCAGCGCGUACAGCGGGCUUGGAGAGGAGGACUCUGGGGGAAGCCAGCUGGACGACGAGGACGAUGAAGAAGAAGAUGAGGAGGCGUAUCAGCCGGAGACCAGUUGCUCCGAAAUCGCGGGACUCCCCGAGGAAGAGGAGCCGCCGCCGCCUUGUAGGAAAAUUCGUUUCAGCACUGAGCCAAUCAAGGUCUUCACCACCUACUCCAACGAAGACUACGAUCGACGUAACGAUGACGUCGACCCCAUGGCGGCCUCGGCAGAGUAUGAGCUGGAGAAGAGGGUGGAGAAGCUGGACCUGUUUCCUGUGGAGCUGGAGAAAGACAGUGAUGGUUUGGGCAUCAGCAUCAUCGGUAUGGGAGCAGGAGCUGAUAUGGGCCUGGAGAAACUGGGGAUCUUUGUGAAGACGGUCACUGAAGGCGGAGCUGCACAGAGAGACGGCAGGAUCCAGGUGAAUGAUCUGAUCGUGGAGGUUGACGGGACCAGCCUGGUUGGAGUAACUCAGAGUUUUGCUGCCUCUGUCCUCCGCAACACCACAGGAACAGUCAAGUUUGUGAUUGGCCGGGAGAAGCCGGGGGAGCAGAGUGAAGUGGCCCAGCUGAUCCAGCAGACUCUAGAGCAGGAGAGAUGGCAGCGAGAGAUGAUGGAGCAGAGAUACAAGCAGUACAUGGACGAUGAUGAAGAGACAGGUGAAUAUGCAACCGAUGAGGAGGAGGAGAUGAGUCCAAUGUUUCCAAACUCCGUUGAGGUUUUUGACCUGGCAGAGAACCAGGACAUGUUGUCUCCUGUGGAGAUGGACCCCGAGAAGCUGGCCCACAAAUUCAAGGAGCUCCAGAUUAAACAUGCAGUAACCCAGGCAGAGGUCCAGCUGCUAAAGAGGAAGCUGGCUCACGCCGAGCAGGAUAGGUUGCGUUGGCGGAUGGAGCGUGCUCAGUUGGAGCAAAACAUCCGGGACAGCAAAGAAAGGAUGGAGAAACUGGAGGGCUACUGGAUGGAGGCUCAGUCGCUGUGUAAGGCUGUGGAUGAACACCUGAAGGAAACCCAGGCUCAGUACCAAACCCUAGAGAGGAAAUACAGCAAAGCCAAGAGACUCAUCAAAGAAUACCAGCAGAAGGAGAUCGAAUAUCUGAAGAAGGAAACGGCUCAGCGUCGAGCUCAAGAAGAGAGCGAGGCAACACACAAAGAGGAGACAGACAACCUGCAGGAAAAGAUUACAGACUUGGAGACCAAAGUGGACGCCUUGAAGACCCCCAAACCCUCGUAGACUGCUGCUACUUCCUACCUCCUGUCAGUGACUGGAAGAGGAGGAGCUCCGCCUUCAUUCUGACCGGGCCUGUAUUUAUUCCAACCAACCAUCCACUGCACGGACAGGCAGCGCAGGAGAAAAAACAACAAGACGAGGACAGAAACAACCUCCCAUCUGACAUCAGCCAGUGACGUAGUGCCCCGUCAGUCAACAACCAAUCCCAGAAUGCACCUCCUGUAAUAUCUACAAUCCUCCUCGUGUGUCUUCCUGGCAACCGGCUUGGCAACCAACACGGAAUCCAACAAUCCAUGGGUGAUCGAUUUCCUCCUCUUCAACUGUAUCUUCCCAGGUUCUAUUAAUGAAUCUAAUUUGUUUUUAAAAUUGAAAAAAAAGCGCUUUUAUUAACCAGGCUCGUCACAAAGUGCUUUAUAGAGCGACAGAGGGAAUCAAUGCAAAACAUACAAGAAAGAUUGUGUGUUUUUCUCUGGGGCUGGAACUCGAAGGGAUCCUUUGAAGAGGCUUUCUGUUCCUUGGCGUUGAUCGUUUGAAUCAAGAACUAGAAGUAAAGGUAGCGGCCGCCUCGUUUUUAGAGACUCGGAUCGAGAAGUGGAACAAGACUUUGAAAAGGAAGCAGCCGCCGUCCUGCCGAUAGUUAAGUAAUAAAAACUCUAAAACGAGCUCGCCGACAGAUUUCUGAUCAAAAAACUGUGAAUUUCCAGAAUGCCCCGGCCUUCGGUUUCUCCUUUUCCAGCCUAAAUCUCUGCUGAGCGACGGAAAGAAGCGUGAAUUUCAGGUCUGAGCCGUGGCGGCGCGAUGUUUGUAUAUAUUCUAUACAUUUAUUUAAAAGUGUUUAAGUGGCUUAAGCAAAUAAGUGGGUCUGAUAUCGGAGAGUUAAGAGAGAGAAUAGUUGUGGAGGAAGUGGUUCAGUAGUCCUUCAUCUCUUUUUUAUCGACAUCAAUGGCAAACAGGGUGUGAAUAGUCAAAUAUGUGCUUCUAGAGCUUCUAAUGGUGUAUAUUUGUUGGUGUUUACUCCAGUAUCUGUGGGUUUACAUGUACACCAGCCUCCUGUUAGCCAGCUCAGUCAUGUGCUGUGUUCUUAGGUUGGUGCAGGGAGAGUUUCCUUCUUCUUUUAUGGAUGAUCACAAAAAGCUGAAUACCUUGAAUAUACUGUAUCCUGUAAACUGAAAAUAUCAAUUCCAAAAAUGAGACAUCAAACAUCUCUUAGAGGCAGAGAAUAAACGGAUCAGUUGAGUUAUUAAUCAGUGAGUGACCAAAAAGUGCCAAAAUCCUAUAAUAGUAUAUUGGAAAAUUCUUGUUUAGUUUUUUCAGAAAUGAAUUGCACAUUUCCUUUAAGGAUGCUUCAAAAUAAGUAUUAAUCUAAAUCUGCUGUAGUGUUGAAUUAUAUACCGAACAAAACACUCGACAUUAGAAAAAUAAACUUGCCAGUGCGAUGCCAGCUGUUGGCCUCCAGUGUUUUUAAAAACUUACCAUUAGUAAAUAAUGGAGGCUCGAAUUUUCAGUUUGAAUAUGAGAAUCUUUUAAUUUGAAACUAUACAAAAAAUGUUAGAUAAUUUUCAAGAAAAUUGAAAAAUUGAAAACUAUAUUGAUAGAUUUAGUAUUUCAGUUUCAACAUUUUGUAUUGAAUAGCAGACGUUAUGCUGUAUAGCUAAAGGUUAGCUUGUUAGCUUGUAAAGUCACAUAAGACAUAGCAGCUAAUAGCUAGUACGAAUGUUCUAAUUCAGUAUGCUAAACCUAGUAUUAGCCUUUUUGCUAUCGAUGUAUGCUAAUUUAGUAUGCUAAAUAUCAAAUUAGCAUAGAUGUAUACUAAUUGAGUCUGCUAAAUUUGCAUACUAAACAUAGCAUACAUUGAUACUAAUACUAGCUGUUAACUAUCGAUGUACGCUAAUUUAGCAUACUGACUUCUCAAAAACGGAAAGGAUUCUAAAAAGUCUUUGUCAAUUCUAUUUCUGUUGAUAUUUCUAUCAGUAUUUGUCCGUUCUUGUUAGCAUAUUAAUGCUACAGGAUAGCGUAGCCUCUAAGAAAUGCUUGUGUAAUGACACUUUAACAGGGAUAAGAGCUACAGUGAUGUUCAGACACCUGUGUGCAUGUAAACACACUCCACAUCUCAUAGUAGGAGGACAGUAGAAGGUCCCAGUGCCAGUGUUAAGCCUUUAGAGAAUGAAUUAAGUUAGUGAUUCAAGCCUGACAUGGUCUAAAUAUUGGUUGAACAUGAAAACGUUACUAUGGUCAAUAAAGGUCAGAUAUUCAGGAGUCCAGGAACCACUGAGGGUGAGUCCAGUUCAGCCACAUUGAGAAGGUUUUGUUUUUUGUUCCUCUUUGGUCAGAUAACCCCAUAAAUUACAAGCAGUUGCUAAAACCUUCAGCUAAUAUAUUUGGUAAAAGUGUUUGAAAUGUCACUCGGACUGUCAUUGAUAGUUUUCAUAUCAGCUAAUACAGAGAUUGGCUGAGAAUCAAACAUGUCCCACAGCGGUUACAGAAGAAUCUGCAUGUUUAUAAAAUUCUAUAUUUCACUAUUUUGGUGUGAAAAGUACCCAGUGGUUAAUGAGGACUGUGUGAUGUUCCAGAUAUGAAUCUGUAUUUAUAUAGAUGGUAGCAGAAUGGUGCUUAGAAAGACCAGCUAAACCGUUGCCAGUGUUGGACCAAAAUUUUCAAAAGGCAGAUGUUAUGUAUUUUGGUGCUGUCAUUCACCGUGGGAAUAAUUUUUAUUUUUAUUAUGAGUUUGUGAAUGUGUUUAUUGAGAUAAUGCAGCUUGCUGGCAAGCUCUGAUUAGGUCACAUUACUUGAAAAUACUUGAGUACAGUACAAUCCAAAAAUCCAAUUAGGCUACUCAAGUUCUAAUCAACAAAAAUGGAACCAUUUCCUGAUUCUGACUUUGUUCUCUGGUUCUAAAUUACAGAGAAACUCGUCAAAAUCAGCUCCAGCAUUGUGCUUCAUGCUGCCUAAAGUGCAGGAUAAUAAUCAGAUUUUCCAAAGACAAAAUGGUGUCAUGCAGUGCAUGUUACUUUUGCUUAGCAAUGCUUAGCGAUCCAUCUAUGGAUGGAUACGUCAAUCUGUUGUUCCACCACUUUGAUCUGAACUCAAAUAUCUCUAAACUUGUAAAGAUAUUCAUGGUGCCCAGAGGAUGAAGUAAACUGACUUCUUCCAGUUAAAAAUGUCAAAAAUGGAGUCUGCGAGGAAGAUUGUUGAUAUUUAGCUAGUUAGCAUAUUUAGAUAGUUAGCAUGUGCCAGAUUUAACAUCCCUCUUGCUAGUUGUGCCUCCUUUCUUCAUUAUGUGCACCUAAAUGUGCACAGGACUCACUGGAAUAGUGUUGCUUGGUCCUAGCCACGUUCUUUUUUCACAGAACGUACACCUAGCAGUAGUGAGGAGAUAUUCACCGAAUUUUCCAAAAAGUGCAUUGAUUUAGAAUUGCAUAUUCCACCUUUAAUUUAUUCAGUACUUUGGCUUUCUUAUGAGCUAAUGUUAGCAUGCUAACAUGUUAAAUUCAUAGACCGUAUAUAAAAGAUGGAAGUGGCCACAGUGACUUCACAUAUUGGUCGGUUUAUUCUACCAAUUUGAAGCCCUGAGUUUGGAAUUAGCCCUGCCCUAAAGUAAACUCUGCUUUCUUCUCCGUUUUUCUCAAAAUGGGACCAUAAUUAACAAAAUGAACAUCAUGCUGUAGUGAAGAAGAACUAAAACUAGUGACUGAGUCCAUAAACUCAUCAGGAAGGUCUUGACUGAGGUAAAAAAUCAAGUGAGAAGAAGGCUCAUUUUGUCAUAGACUGACAACCAAAGGAGUCGCCUCCUGCUGGCUGAUAGAAAAAAUGCAGGUUUGAGGCCCUGAUGGCUACAUCCAUCUUUUAUAUACAGUCUGUGAACUGUAAACCUGCUGAACAUCAUCAUGUCGACAUCAACAUUUAACUCAAAGCACUGCUGGACCUCACAGAGCCAACAGCAUGACUUCACAUUCGUAUUUUUUUAGAAUUAUUUUUAACCCUUUGAUGCGCAGUGUGGGUCAGGAGAUACCCAUUUUCCAUUGGAGUGGGUCACUUUUGACCCAUUUUGUGCACCAAAUGGUGCGAAAACAAUCCUGCAAACCCAAAAUAACCUCCACAGAUUACAGCUUUGUGGUUAAAGCAGUGUCAUAAAAAUGAAACGUUGCACCUCCAGGCUCACUAACUGCUCAGUAGGAGCAUGUUUUCCUGAGGUGGGCAUGUUUUCUCCCUACAGUGUGUUCCAACUGUACUUGACCUCGGACCUACUGGAAUUCAUUUGUAGUAUUUGUGUAUCCACUGAUAUUUUCAGUAAGGUGGAAGCAAAGCUUGUGUACUAAUGUUGGAGAAUUUAGUCACAAACAGGACUUUGAGGAACUGAUGAACGAGGAGGAGCGACUCCAAAACUCGGUUGAUGUUUUCAUGUAAGGCUGAUUGAUUUUUUUUUUUAAGGACUCCAAGUGUUUGUUCAGAACUUGCAGUAUGUUUAAACUGUAGUCUUAUCAGAUGGGAACAAGGGUCAAGAGCAUUUUUAGAGGAAUGAAAAUCAGCCAUAAGCAACUCUCUUGAGUAUUUUUAUUUCUUAUGUAUUUUUAUUACAGUUUCAUCUCUAUGUCAAAAAAAAAAAAAGCUGUACAAAAGUUGUUGUAUCACCAAAUCAAUCCCUGGUCACUUUGGGUUUAUUGUCUAAACACUAAGUGAUCAGUUUGCCUUUUUUCUAAGUUAACAUGCUGCUUUUUGCCUCUACGAAGCCUUCUGAUGUGUGCUACCUGUAGCUGACUGUCACUUGUUGCCCCUCAUGUCUGCCCCCUUUGCUCAUGUCUGCAUUAAAGAUCGGGCUGCCGUCAGUGUUUGAAGAGUGUUUGCCGGUGGUUCCAGACAGACUGCCGUGUUGACAGACUGACAGAUUGUAGCACUACAGUAUUUAGGAGCUGUUGGAGAUUGUAGACAGGUUGAUGCCUUUCACCACGAUGCUGUUUUUGUGUUUAGAUUUUAAACUAACUCUGACUUUUCAACUGUCUGGUAACCAUUGGUAACCAACCUUUAAACACCAGGCAGCCUGCAGAACCAGUAGAACAGAUGCCUGUUAUGUAGAACGGAUUAACUUUGUGCUCACAUCAUGUGUUAAACAGCAACUUUUAAGAGACUGGGGGAGAAAAAGUGGAAAAGGUUAAAAAAAAUAUCACCAACAAAAGCACUACAGGAAAUGUGGUUCGAUUGAUUUUCCAUUUACAUUGUUUCAUUUAGCCGCAAACCCCAAAAUUCACUGCAUUUUUAAGCAGGUCCGUCCUUUUCUUUCUUUUUAAAAAAAAAAAAAUAUGGACUCUUGGCUUCUUCAAAUAACGACUGCUGAAAUUGGACACAGGUGUCAUGUGGUUUGCUAAAUGAACGGCCAUAGAUAGAGCAGUGCCAAACAAUGUGAGCAGGACAAUCUGACAGCGUGGAAGCAGACCUCUGAGUGCGUCUCGGGUUUGAAACACAGAUUUCCUUCUCUGCCUGGUUCUGUUCUCCAGUUGAUGCCACCAUGUUUGUCUGAAUCAAUACCUGUCUGUCAGCAUUAAUAAAUAAACAUGAAAUAUGUUGAACAAGGAA